AUGGCCGCCACGUACAGUUCUCUAGGAACUCACAGACGACUCGCCGCCAUAACCACCAAGCUUCCCUCGCCCCGCCACUGUUCUCUAAUCAUCGCCGAAAGAUCCUCGCGCCUAGCGAUGGUGAAUAACGGAAGAGCGAAGGGCAGGAUGGGAAUUUCGCUCAAGUGCAGCAAUGCGUAUGGCCCUGUGAUUGAAGAGAGCGACAGCGAUAGUGAGAACUACAAUUGCAUGGAGGACGAGCAGUUCGUGCGGUGGUUUCGGGAGGCUUGGCCCUACUUGUGGGCCCACCGCGGCGGCACCUUCGUGGUGAUCAUAUCGGGUGAAAUGGUUUCUAGCCCUCACUUGGGCCCAAUUCUCAAGGCAGGUCCUCUGCCCUUCGAUAUAGCUUUUCUCCAUCACCUGGGGAUCAGGUUUGUUCUUGUGCCAGGGACCCAUGUGCAAAUUGAUGAACUUUUGGCUGAGAGAGGAAAGAAGCCAAAGUUUGUUGGUCCGUACAGGGUGACUGACUCAGACUCUCUAACAGCUGCGAAGGAAGCGGCUGGGGCGAUAUCUGUGAUGAUAGAAGCAAAGCUUUCUCCAGGACCCUCCAUAUGCAAUAUUCGUCGACAUGGUGACAGUAGUCGAUUGCAUGAAGUUGGUGUCAGUGUAGAGAGUGGUAACUUUCUUGCAGCCAAGAGAAGAGGAGUCGUUGCAGGUGUUGAUUAUGGGGCAACAGGCGAGGUCAAGAAAGUUGACGUUUCUCGCAUUCGUAAGAGGCUCAAUGAUGAUUGUAUUGUGAUUUUGAGCAACCUGGGUUAUUCCAGCUCUGGAGAAGUUUUAAAUUGCAACACAUAUGAAGUUGCAACAGCUUGUGCCUUGGCUAUCGAAGCAGAUAAACUUAUCUGCAUAAUAGAUGGCCCAAUUCUUGAUGAGAGUGGACGCCUUAUUCGCUUCUUGACUCUUGAAGAAGCAGACAUGUUGAUUCGUAGGCGUGCUAAGCAAAGUGAGAUAGCAGCUAGUUAUGUGAAAGCUGUUGAUGAAGAAAAUCUGUCUGGGCUUGGACAUGAUGAUCUGAAUGCUACUCAACAGAAUGGAAAUGCUCUCAAAGGAAGGUACACCACAAUGUUUCACAAUGGUGUUGGCUUUGACAAUGGGAGUGGCUUGUGGUCGGGUGAACAAGGUUUUGCUAUUGGAGGUCAUGAGCGGCAAAGUCGAUUAAAUGGUUACCUUUCCGAAUUGGCUGCUGCAGCCUUUGUUUGCAGGGGAGGUGUUCAAAGAGUUCAUCUGUUAGAUGGCACUAAAGGGGGAGUUUUAUUGUUGGAAUUGUUUAAAAGAGACGGAAUGGGGACUAUGGUGGCUAGUGACCUUUAUGAAGGAACCCGGAUGGCGAGGGAAUCAGACCUCUCUGGAAUAAGACAAAUUAUACUACCUUUAGAAGCAUCUGGCACAUUGGUUCCGAGAAGUGAUGAAGAGCUACUUCAAGCUUUGGAUUCCUUCAUUGUGGUGGAAAGAGAAGGCCAGAUCAUUGCAUGUGCUGCUCUUUUUCCUUUCCAAGAGGAUAGAUGUGCAGAGCUUGCUGCUAUUGCAGUUUCUCCUGAUUGUCGCGGUCAAGGGCAGGGAGACAAGUUACUCGAUUACAUUGAGAAGAAGGCAUCUUCUCUUGGAUUGGUGAAGCUUUUCUUGCUUACAACCCGCACUGCAGAUUGGUUUGUAGCCAGGAAGUUAUCAUCUGUGGACACAAAUUAUGGAGGGUUAGAGAUGGCUAGUGGCGUUCACUUGAGGUUAAAAAUGAUGCUGGCAACUUCCCCUCAGGGGGGCGUUCACUUGAGGUUAAAAAUGAUGCUGGCAACUUCCCUUCAGGGGGGGCAGUGGGUUUGUGGGGUUAUUCGUGCUUCUGAUGGGGAUUGGGUCAGUGGGUUUGCUGCGAACCUAGGGAAAGGACAGAUCCUAGAGGCUGAAGUUUGGGGGUUUUUUUGGGGGUUGAAGCUUGCGAUUGACAAAGGUAUUAGAAACCUUGUGGUAGAAAUGGAUUCUGCUACUGUUCACUUUAUUCAUAAGCCUUCUUUGCUUGCUCAUCAUCCCCUUGCUGCUCCUCUCUGGUUGUUGUGA